UAUUAUUUUUGGUUGCUGCGCGGACAAUGUGAAUUAGUCAACAAGCUCUGACACACCCUUAGCCAUUUAUUUAACAGGCUGUUGUUCCCAACAUCAUAACCAUAGACAUAUUAUAAUAUGUUUAUGAUCGUAACGGUCUUUUUCCCCCUCUGAGCAAAUUGCGCGCGUUCCAAAUGUUAAAAGGAGGUCUACGAUACAAGGUGUACUAUACAAAAACAUUAACUACCAAUGAGAUGCUGCGGUCAGUGUUUAUCGUUAGUUCGACAACGGACAAACAACAAAGUCGCGUCUUGGAAAUCCGGUAUUCGUAACAGUUUUCUUAUUGAGUUGAGGCCUUACCUUUCGGUGCCAGACACCCAGAAUACAAAACAAUAAUGAAGUCUUGACAAAACAACAGUGUAAUUUACUUUCAUCAUGAACGUUUGAAAACAUUACGCUAUUGCUAAGAAGUGCUAGGUAAUUUAUACUCUGAUGCCGAAUGAAUAAUUGAAAAUUCAAACAACUUAAAUCAAAAUGGCAGACUUGGAUGUUCAGGACAAUGUGUCUUCUGAAUCUGUUUAUAGUAUAAAUGGAGUUCAUGAUACAAGUAAAACACUACAAUCAUGCAACGACAAAUUUUUAGCCAUCAAAUCUUCAAUGUCUGACGUUUCAUCAUGUCACCAUUUAUCAACAAAUAAUUUAGCUUUGUUACCAGAAAAUAAUACUUUAAAUCACAAGGCGAGUGAUAAUUUAGUAGAGCCUUUGUCAAACAGUAAUUUUCAAAUAAAUUCUGUAGACUAUAAGGUAGGCGAUGUCGUGUGGGCUAAAAUUGGAAGAUAUCCUUAUUGGCCAAGUGUUAUUUGUUUGGAGCCAAACUCCAACAAGUAUUACAAACAAUAUUCUAAACUUAGAAAAAGCUUAUGUAUACAUGUCCGAUUUUGCAAUGACAAUGGCAGAAGAAGCUGGGUGAGAGUAAUAGAAAAAUAUUUAGGAAAAGAUGAACUUCUAAUAAAAUAUCCUACUUGUUUAGCAUCAAUAAAACAAAAAACUAAAAUAAUGGAUAUUUGGAAUACAGCAGUUGCAGAAGCUGAUUGCCUUAUGACUUACAAUAUUGAAAAAAGACUGUUGGAAUUUUUUAAGACAUUUGUUAUACCCAGUGCUGAUAUUAAGAGUAUAAAAUCUACAAAGAAAUCGCCUAAACCAUCCACAGCGGAAAAAUUACAAAUUUACUCUAGAAAAAGAGCUCAAACAACAUUUGUGGAACCCGAAUGUAAAAAACAAAGAUUGAAGAUUGAAAACUUGUCUACUAGUGAUUCUACUAUAUCAAAAUCAAUUAAUACUCUAUCAAGAUCAGAUAAUAUUGACGAACCUGUCCCUAAUAUGGUCGAAAGUUUUGUAUAUCUUGAAAAUAUAGAAAAUAAUGUCGAAGAAGGACAUUUCAAAAAAACUUAUAUACCGACGUCCUCAAUGAAUGAUAAGAAUAACUUGCCUGAUUCUGAUUCUGAAAAUGACGAAAACCAUAAUUCAGAUAAUGAGACAUCUAUAACUGAUAUGAAUGAUGACAAUUUAAUUGUAACCAACAGUAAUAGAAAAGUAGAGGAGAGCUUAAAACUUCAAAUAAAAUUAUUAGAAGAAAAUGAUGAACAAGAAAGGAAAAACACAAACUAUUUGGUUCCUGUCAAAAAGAAAGUUAAUGCUAAAAGAACAACAAAAAUGGGCAUUAAGAAAAGUUCUAAUUACAUUUUGCAAUAUAUGGACACUUUAGCAGAUACACAAAAGUAUGCAUUGAAAAUGAACUCAAUUAAAGUUGAAAAUGAACAUAGUCCAGAACCAACUAAAAGCGUAGCAACGUCUAAAACUGAAAGCUAUAGUUCUGUUUAUAUAUCUAGUCAAGAAAAUAAAGAGUUAUUUGUGAAAACACUAAAAAAAGCCUGUGUAGUGUGUGAAAAUUUUAAAAACACAAUUCGAUGUACUGGUUUAUGUCAAGACUAUUUCCAUAAAGAAUGCUUAGCUAAAAGUGAAAACAGAUAUAAUUUUCUGAAGCAGUCUAUGAAUGCAAAUAAUAAAAAAAAUCAAGAGUUGAAUGAAAAAGUGCACAACAAAAAUAAUACCAAUGAUAAUUUUAAUGACAUGACAAUAACAAAAGGAGAAUGUUCAAACAUUAAGGCUGAAAAUGGCUUUAAUCAACAAGGAAAUGUUCAACAAUUCAAGGACUUGGAUAGUCCUACUGAAGAUUCAACUAGUAAAUCUUCUACAGAAAAAAUUGAAAAAUACCUUAUUAAACCUAAAAAUAAAUUAACAAACAGCGUUAAAACUAUCAAACCUAUUGAUUUAGAACACAUGUGCAGUCUAUGUAAAGCUAAUAAAAUUUAUUGUUUCAUAUGUGGAUUAAAUGUUGAUAAAGAUUCUGAACAACAAAAAUGUGUUACUUGCAAAUUGGCUAAUUGUGGCAAAUCAUAUCACACAAAAUGUUUGGAUGAAUGGCCUCAAGUUCAAUGGAUUCAAGGUUCAAAUAACAGUAGCCAGACAAUAAUUUGUCCUCUUCAUGUGUGUCACCUAUGCAUCUCUGAGAAUCCCAAAAGUAAAUGUAAAAUUAAAAUACCUGCUGAAAAAUUAAUUCGAUGCAUUAAAUGCCCAACUGCAUACCAUAGAAGUGAAUACUGUUUACCAGCCGGUAGUAGAGUUUUAACAUAUAAUAAUAUAGUAUGUAGCAGACAUUCUGAACCAAAUAAUAAACAAGCUCAUAUAAAUGCAACUUGGUGUUUUAUUUGCACUCAAGGCGGUUCAUUAGUUUGCUGUGAUUCAUGUCCAGCUUCAUUUCAUAUUGAAUGUUUGAAUUUACACCCGUCAAAGUUUGAAGGUAGUUUCACAUGUGAAGAAUGUCAAACUGGCCGAUAUCCACUCUACGGCGAAAUCGUUUGGGUUAAAAUUUCAUCUUACAGAUGGUGGCCAGCUCAAAUAGUUUUUCCAAAUCAAGUUCCUGCAUCAGUUAAUGCUACUGUACACAGUAGUGAUCAGUUCGCCGUUCGAUUUUUUGGUACUUAUGAUUACUAUUGGGUUAAUCGUGGUCGAGUUUUUAAUUUUCAUGAAGGUGAUGACGAAAAUAUGUUAGUUAAAAUUAAAUGUAAGGCUAUUGACCAAGUAUUUCAAGAUGCUGUUAUAGAAGCAGCUCAAGCGCAUAAUGCUUAUAUCAUAGAUAAAGAUAGAUAUGAUGCUAAAGAAUUAAACGAAACUUUAAAAAACCCCCCAAAGUAUACGAAAAUAAAGUUCAACAGACCUGUUGGUAAUGUAAAAGAAAUGGAAACUAGUUUAAUCCCAAUGACUUCUUGUGAAUGUGAUCCAACUAAACCAAAUCCAUGUGGUCCAGAUUCAGAUUGUAUAAAUAGGAUGCUAAUGUUUGAGUGCCAAGCGCGAUUAUGUCCUGCAGGAGACAAAUGCAAUAACCAAAGAUUUGAAAAAACGUUGUACCCAACUAUGGAGCCUUUUUUAACAGGUGAUAGGGGCUGGGGUCUUCGAAUAUUAGAGGACAUAAAAGAAGGAUCAUUUGUGAUCGAGUAUGUUGGUGAAGUUAUUGAUGAAGAAGAAUUCAAAAACAGAUGUCUUGAAAUGCAAAAUCAGAAUGAACAUAACUAUUAUUUCCUGACUAUAGACAACCACAGAAUGAUCGAUGCUGGACCAAAAGGAAAUCUUUCAAGGUUUAUGAAUCAUUCAUGUGAACCAAAUUGUGUAGCUCAAAAGUGGACUGUUAAUGGUGACACAAGAAUUGGACUUUUUGCUUUACAAGAUAUUUCGGCUGGGACAGAAUUAGUAUUUGAUUAUCGUCUCCAAAGCUGUUCAGGAGUAGAAAAGAAACCAUGCCAAUGUGGAGCAACACGAUGUUCUAAAUUUAUUGGUGUCAAAGUAGACAAGGAUGAAGAAAAGAAGAAACUGAUAGCUUCUGAUGAAGAUAAAGCUAAAAAUUAUUCAAAGAACAACAAACGAAAGUCAUCAAAACAUAAGGCUGAUACAUCUGAUAUAGAAAAGACUGAUGAAUCUAAAAAAUCAAAAAUAAAACCAUCAACUGUUGGAGAAACUUCUAAAUCAUCUAAAAGGAAUACAAGUGUAGUUAAAGGUGUUACAUCAUCAGAACUUAAAACAUGUUCAAAAAGAACCAAAAGAAAGCUACGAAAUAGCUUACUGGCUCAAUGUUCAAGCCAAACAUUGAAAACAAAACCUGAUAUAAACCAACAAAAUGAUGAUGUAGCCAAGACUAAAAAACAUGUAAAUCCCAUUAAUUGUGAAAAUAGUACACAAAAUUCUUUAGUAACUAAUGUGUUAUCUAUAGCUGUAGGAAUAAAUUUGGAACCUAGACUGAGUUUAAAAAGAUUGGCAAAAAGCAGGCAUUCCUUUUUAUCGAAAGAAAAUUAUAUGAAACAACAAAUUGAUGAUACAGCCAGGACUAAAACUAGAAAACCAAAAAAACCUGUAAAUCCCAUAAAUGUUGAAAAAAAUACACAAAAUCAUAUGGUAACUAAAGUGGUAUCUGAAGCUGUAGGAACAAAUUUGGAACCUAGACAAAGUUUAAAUAGAUUGGCAAAAAGCAGGCAUUCCUUUUUAUCGAAAAAUUUAUCUGAUGAUAAUAACACUAAAAGGAAAAAUAUUACUGCUAUGAUAAUACCAAAAAAGGAAAAAAAAUGUGAAGUGAAUACUGUUCAGAAUAAAAAGAAACACAGAGGGACUUUAUAUCAAAAUAAAUUUGUAAAAUUUGUAUACAAAAAUAAUUGCAAAGAUAUUAUACAUAAAAAUAAACAAGAAAAAAUAUUACUUAAAACGAAAGUAACAAAAAAAUUUAAAACUAAUAAACAUAGUUUACUAACUAAAGACAGUAACAAAAAUGAGACAUGUUUAGUUAGUGGAAAGAGGCACGCAAAAUUGUCAUGUAAAAACAAAAAGUGUCCCAGAGUUUCUCAUCUUUGUUGUAAAAAUAAGUCAAAAUUAGGAAAAUCUAAUUUCAUCUGUCCAUCUCAAUUAUGUUGUAUUUGUAAGAAAAGAAAAGUAGUAGAUAAAUGUAAAUUUUGCAUCAAGUCAUUUUGUAUAAAUCAUGUCAAAGGAAAUACAUUUAAAGAUCCAAUAGAUGAUGGAAUAUUAUGUAUUACUCACUAUUCAAAUAAUAAACUGUUCUCCAACAAAAGUUAUCCGGCAGUUGUUGUUCCAAAAGCUGUAAGGAAAUUAAGCAAUAAGACAGUGAAAAAAGUAAAACCACUUGUCACUGCAAGUAUAACUCCUAUUCAUCCUACCAAGUCAUUAACUGAAGUAUCAAUUCCAUUAAAUGACACAGCGGAAGAUUUAUCGCAACCACCACCUUAUACAAUUGAAGAAAAAGACUACAUGCUCACACAAGUUAUCAAAGAUGAAUCUGAUCGUGAAUUUAUACACAUUGGUGGCUUUAAUGUUACCACUGUAUCAAACCUAGUUGUAGAAUCUAAAAGUAAUUUAUUUACUUCUGUCAAUACAGAUGGUGAUAUGUUGAAACCAUCGUCAGCCAAUGUUGUUAUUGAUAUUGAAUCUGCAUCUGCUUUUUAUCAACCCAUAGAUAGUUUGAACCUACUGACAUUUGAUUGUGGAAAUAAUGCUAGCCAUGAUUAUGUUAAUGUCCAUUUUGAACCUGAAAUAAGAACAGAAUGGUUGGCAGACGCUGAACUAUAAUGCUAGUUUUUAUUUUAUUCUAUUAUUACAUUUUUUCUUGUGAAACUUCAAUUAUCAUAAGAAUUUAUUUUGUUUUAUUUAAUGCUUAUGACACUUCUCUUUUCUAUUUAUUAUUGUAAUACAACAAUAAGAAAAGAAUACUAAUUUAAUAUUUGCCAUUUAAAAUUAUAUAGUAUUGUUUU